GUCCCGCCUGCAACGCUGUAUCCAGUUCUCUUUAUACAUCCAUGGUUGGCACUUGGCACUAGCAGUUACGGCUAACUUUAGGUUAGCAACAUCAGCUAGCUUAUUUUAAAUCUGAAUACGCAUUCACGUUUACAUAGUUAGCUAUUACCUGUGUUAUGUUUCCUGGCAGUUAAAGUUAGAUAACAUUUACAGAGAGUUGGGAAGUUUAACUCCCUUCAAAAAAAAUAAUCAUGGCGUCGCUGCGGUUCAGUUCAUAUGCAGAGGAGCAGUUCUGACUUUGGGCUGUCAACAAGCGAGCUGACCCUAGCUAACCAGCUAGCUGUCCUGCUAACAUGGCCCACAUAGAAAACGGCCGGCAAUCCUUCGACACAAUGAGUAUCCGGACUAUUAGCAGCAGUCGUAUGGACGAUGAAAGCUCUCUGGGAUCGGAUUCAGAGAUCAAUGGAUUCACCAGCGACAGACAGACCGACAAAUAUGGAUUCAUUGGUGGGGCACAGCAGACGGACGGCUCAGCGCAGGAUUUGCCUCCACAGGUGCUCCGGCAAAGGGAGGUGAAGUGGCUUGACAUGCUCAGCCACUGGGACAAGUGGAUGAUCAAGAGAUUCAAUAAGGUAAGACUGCGGUGCCAGAAAGGAAUUCCUCCUGCCCUCAGAGGUCGUGCAUGGCUCUACCUGUCGGGGGGGAAGGUGAAGAAGGAGCAGAACCACGGAAAGUUUCAGGAGUUGGAUAGCCAGCCUGGAGACCCUAAAUGGGUAGAUGUGAUUGAGAAAGACCUCCAUCGACAGUUUCCUUUCCAUGAGAUGUUUGUGUCUCGGGGAGGACACGGGCAGCAGGACCUGUUCCGUGUUCUUAAGGCCUACACUCUGUACCGACCAGAGGAGGGAUACUGCCAGGCUCAGGCUCCCAUCGCUGCUGUUCUGCUUAUGCACAUGCCUGCCGAGGAUGCCUUCUGGGGACUGGUCCAAAUUUGUGAGAAGUACCUUCCUGGCUACUACAGUCCAGGCCUGGAAGCGAUACAGUUGGAUGGAGAGAUCUUGUUCGCUCUGCUGCGACGUGUCUCCCCGCUAGCUUACCGCCAUCUGGAGAAACACAAGAUCGACCCCAUCCUCUACAUGACUGAGUGGUUCAUGUGUGCCUUCUCCAGGACGCUGCCCUGGGCCUCGGUGCUGCGUGUCUGGGACAUGUUCCUCUGUGACGGAGUGAAGAUAAUCUUUCGUGUGGGUUUGGUGCUGCUGAAGUGCAUGCUGGGAACCCGGGAGAAGCUGAAAGCCUACCAGGGACAGUAUGAGACCAUGGAGCUCCUCAGGGCCAUAGAGCCUCGAUACAUGCAGGAAGGCUUCCUGGUCCGAGAGAUUCUGGAGGUGCCAGUGACAGCGCGGGACGUGGAAAGGGAGAAUUACACCCAGCUGAAGCGCUGGAAGAAGAACCGCGGAGAGCUGAAUUUUAAAUCCCCCCCCAGGUUGCACGGUGCCCGGAUCAUCAUGUUGGCCGAGCCUCCGAGGCGCCAGGACCUGCAGCAGAACCCCACCAUCGUACUGGAUGUGCCUGAGCCCGCCCCGCAGCUGAAGAAGGGAAAGGAGGAAAAGAAAAGCAUGAAGAAGAGGAGAAGCAUAAAGAAGUCCCAGGCCAUCCUGAAUAUCCCGAAUCCUUACUCUCUUCCCAGUGACCCUCCUCCUCCACCACCCUCAGAUCCACCCGCUCCACCUCCAGUCAUCAUCGAGACGCCAGAGGCUGUGCCGGAGGCUGUGCCGGAGACUGUGCCACAGACUGUGCCGGAGACUGUGCCGGAGACCGUUCCGGAGACCGUUCCGGAGACUGUGCCAGAAACUGUGUCAGAAACUGUGCCUGAAACUGUGCCUGAAACUGUGCCUGAAACUGUGCCUGAAACUGUGCCAGAAACUGUGCCAGAGACGGUGCCAGAGACUGAAACUGACCCCCUUCAGCAUCAGGAAACUCCACUUCAGCGAUCCACACAAAGCCUUAGCAGCACAGAUCAGGACACAUACCUGUAGACCCACAGAAGUGUGUGUGUGUUUGUGUGUGUGUGUGGAAGCACCAGCACGCUUCAGCCAACAACCAGCCAGCCUUGCCAAGGUUUAUUAUUCUAAUGUUGGACUGUUAGUUAUCAUUUAUUCAUUUUAGACACCAUUUUGCCUAUGAUAUUAUUGGUAUACACUAAAGCGGCAUUGCUACGUGUAAAACUACUUUAUUGCUUACGCUGUUUCUACACAUGAAGCUGAUGUUACCUGUAGGGCUGCAACUAACAAUUUUUUUUUUUUUAAUCAAUUAAUGUGCAGAUUAUUUCAAGAUUAAAGGAUUCAUCGUUUGGAGUAAAAAAUGUCAGAAAUGUUGUAGUUUCUCAAAAUCCAGAAGAAAUUACUUUUUUUUCGGUCCAAAACCCAAAGACAUCCAGUUUAAGUUUGAGAGGCUGCAAAACUACAUUUUCUGACAUUUUUACAUCAAAAACAUCUAGAUGAUUAAUCGAUUUGCAAUUAAAUGGGAAAUGAUUUUUCUGUCGAUCAGCUAAUCGACUAGUCUAAUAAGCGUUGCAGCUCUAGUCCCUUCCUGUUCCCCGAUUCAUGAUGCUCUUACUCAGUACAUAAGUCUUAGUUUUCUGUUUGUAAGGGAGACAUGUUACAGUUUUUGGGAGCAAAAUCAUUUCUUCAGAGAUAAAUGAAACUUAAAGAACUAUGUGCCACAGCGUAUACGGUUUUUCGUACAUUUCCAUUCAAAUUCAACACUAGAGUUCAUGUGAGUGUAAGAACUACGUGCUUUUCAUCUUCUUAAGCUUUUUCAUCUCAUACUCGUCCACUAGAGGGCAGCCUUGCAGAGGUUACAGCUGUUACAUUUCCUCUCAGUAAAGUACAUCACAGCAGGAGGAUGGGAUUUAUUUUUGGGAGGUAUUAUUCUAAGAUUGAGCUUCAUUCUGUUCUUUUUCAGUUUAGCAUGUGCUUGUGCAUUUCCUGUUUUUGGAAUCCUAAAUUUGGAUUGAAAUUCAUCUUCCUGAAUCUAUGGGUCACACCACACUGUGCAAAGUAUUUUCUUACAAGCGCUAUUUAUUUUACAAUCUAAACGUGUAGUGUGUUGUUUGUGCAUGCCUUGCUAUUGUCACUUUUUUAAGAGUUAGUUGGAUUGAUGUGGCUUAACUCCUAAUAUUCCCUGUGCCAGGCACUUCCAGCCACUUUAAGGGAGCAGCAAUUACUUUACUUUGGCAGCAGAGAGAUCACAGGACAUUCCUCGCUGUAUGACACAUUCCUUCUGCCUUGUUAAAAGCUUAUCAGUCCGAAAGCUGUCUCUUGCCAAACGCAAAUGUCCAUAAUGUAUGAUUUUGUGCAUGUGUUUCCUGUGACAUCUUGGGACAGUGAGUGAGUGAAAAUCACCUAAUGGUGCUGACCCUUUCUCUUGGUCUGCUCAGAAAACCGAUUGGAGCAGAUUUAGCUAAUCUUGUAGUGUGUUUGAUCUUUUUUUUAAUAUUAUUGCUAGAAUUUCCAAAGCAGAUCAAGACUGUUGUUUUGAAAUGCCUCACGACCGCUACCUGUGACCAGGCAUAUUCUGUUACAUUCAAAAUAAGUGAUUUCUAAAUUUCUUUGGGAUAUUUGUAGCAUCUCAUUUUGGAGAACUGGGCCUAUUUCUUUGGGAAAUAUAUUGUUACAUGCAGUGGUUGUUUUUCAAAACAUAUUGGACAAUCUUUUUUGUGAGGGUCUAACUUUCGUCACAAGGGUAAAGGGAGUUUUGACAAGCAUGAGCACACGUGUAUGAUGUGUUUGCAUCUAUGAUUAAUAUAAAAAAGUGUCUGCCUAAAAAAAGAGCAUGUGUUGGGUCAGUUCUAAAAAGCAAUGAUGUUUUAAUUGAUAACACUUUUUCAAACCGCUCUGUAUGCAAUGUUUUUUUUGUAGUUAUAUUACACAACUCACAUUUCGCUGAUGUUUAUUUUUAAUUUAAUCCUGUUGUGUAGAUAAGACAUGUAAAAUAACAAUUGUUUUGUAAGGAAAUCUAUUUUUCAAUGUGUAAUGCUAUAUUUUAUUGAGCAGUUCCAGAAACUGCAGAGGAGACAUCAUCAAAUAAUUUGAAGUUCAAGACAAUAUAUAUAUUUUUAAACAUUUGUAACAGUAGAAGAAAAACAAUACUUUCAAGUUAACUUUUAGAGCAUGUCAGAUGUUUUUGUUGCUCUAAAUAAGAUUGGUAUUGUUUUACAAUUAUUGUGCUACAUUCAGAUUAUAAAAGUGAGAUUUGACAACCCUAAAGUUUGCAUCAUCACAAGUUUUAAUCUUACAAAUAAAUGUUUGUUUAAAGCCAAA